AGGUGGCGAGACGGAGGAGGAGAUGCUGCGAGUGGACAUGCUGGAGAACCAGGCCAUGGAUUUCCGUAUGAGCCUUGUAAUGAUCUGCUACAAUCCUGACUUUGAGAAACUGAAGCCUGGCUACUUGGAGCAGUUGCCUGGGAAGCUGAAGCUGUUCUCUCAGUUCCUGGGGAAGAGGAAGUGGUUUGCUGGGGAGAAGAUCACUUUUGUUGACUUUGUCAUGUACGACAUCCUGGACCAGAACCGCAUGUUUGAGCCCAAGUGCCUGGAUCAGUUCCAAAACCUGAAGGAUUUUCUUGACCGCUUUGAGGCCCUGGAGAAGGUCGCAGCCUACAUGAGCUCUAGCCACUUCAUGAAGACUUCCGUCAACAACAGGAUGGCCAAAUGGAGCAACCAGAAGAAGUAGAUCUGUGUGGAAGGGAGGGGCUGGAGAGGAAUAAUCCAGAGCCCCCACUUGCCGUUUGUGUACGGACUCCCUCAGAGCGGAUGUUGUGGGGGGGUGGACAGUUGAAGAUGUUA